AUAUUUAGACGUCUGCAACGAAAUAGGAGGAUCUUAAAUGUCAGCGGAAGCGGCGCCUCCCCGCGGGAAGUUUCAAUUAAAAUUUUAUUGUGCCCGAGGUGCACGGGCGAAUUCGGUCCUAGCGGAGAGGAGCUAGUCCAUAAAACGAGGCUUUAUCCGCGAACGGACUGUAAUCCCGUCGUUAAACACGACGAGCGCGACGAGGAUAAUUGAGAUAAGGGAGUGUAGUUCAUCUCGUCGAAUCCAGUUCACGAGACGACGAUGCCUCGAUCAGGUGUCACCAGACUCGACGAAACGUAAGAGCGUUUUCUGUCAGGAGCAGUCCGACUGGAAGCUGCAUGUCGGACCUUCUCGUGGAAUCUAGUACGACCUUCUAGUUUCAGCUUCUAGUUCGAUCUUCUAGUUCGAUCUCGACUGUCAGGUCCUGGCGAAACAGUGCAACGACGUCGAGACGUUUGGAGCGAUAUAGGCCAGGCGGGAUUAUGUGGGACAUUGUCGAAACGGAAUGGCGGAUCGCGUUUAAAAUAUUUAUGAGACACACGAGCCGCGAAAGGUCAGAGGACAUCCGAUCGUAAAAGGUCGGUUUCGGCUACCGACGAGUCACGUUCCCAUCGCGGCGACCGCGAGCCUCGUCGGAAAAGAACACGGAGUUUCUGGGCCUUUUCCGUCCGCGCUCGCGUCGAACGUGAAACUGGGACGCUCUAUCGGCGAAUGAAAAAAGUUGUGCUUCGGUGCUCGCGAGCAAAGUUCCAGCGGACGCUGGGAGGUGCUGUCUCGAGAGCCAACUUUUCUCGCGGCUCGAUAGACUGUUCGAGGAUCGGACCCCCUCUGAUAAACCGUCGCGCGUCCUUUCGAAACGUUUGUGAUUCUCUGUGAUCUUCGUUCGUCGUUAAUAUUUCGAGGCUGUCUUACACGGCACACCGGAAAGUAUCGUUUAAUUGCGUAACGCGAGGAAAAGAGUUGGUGGCAUCGAGAUCGAACGCACGAGGACCCAAUGUCGCGUCGCGACGAAAGAAUUCAGGACCUUCCGAGAAUGUCGAUCUCGUCGCUUGCGCUGAUGUGGAGAACCGAGAGGUGUAAUCCGUUUAAAAAGAUCUCCAGGUGAGUCUCGAGGCAGUGAUAACUAUGACAGGAGCCUCGCGAAUCGACGAGACGUGCGCUGAAUUUCUUUCCAACUCGUUUAACGAUCUUCGGUGAAAUUCUAUCGUAACAUCUCGUAAUUCAAACUUUUAUGGAGAAUCAAGAAGCAAACGAGACGUGUUUCUUGUCCUGAAGAAUCAUCGUUGGAAUUCUAUCGUAAUACGAGAAACUUCUAUCGAAAACCAGGAGGCGUAAUCCGUUCAAAAGGGUCUCAAAAUGCCAAGGAGUCUGGCGAAGCAACCUCGAAGGAAUCAUCCAAAGGUUUUUAAACCGAUCUAGGCACCGAAACCUCGUUAAGCGGAAAUCUGUGAAAGCAUAAUCACCGAGCGAGCUGUAUUCAUCGUGGUUCACCUACCCUCCCCUGUUUUUUUUUUUUUACAUCGGUUCUCCAUCAAAUUUCCGAACGUGGUCGCUAUACCCAGGCCGCCAACUAGGUGAUCGUUUAACGCUGCGAGGGCGAAUUGUCUGCGGACGCGGAAAACUCGGUUACGGGAACUAAUCGCCGCCGUGGGAUUGAAUCAAACCGCGAACGAGAGGACGAUACCGCGGUUUCUGUGGAAAAACACCCUCUGGAGACGGGGAGACGUCGAGUAAAGCUGUUCGAGGGAAGAAACGAGAGAGCGGAGGAGGGUUGUUUCGUCGAACGAACUCGGAUAAGAUUGAGUUCCGAGGGGACUCUCGAGGAACGUCCUGAAGGAACAACAGAGGAUCGUUAUCGAGCGAAUUUGAAUGUGGAAGUCUGGAUUUAGUUCGAACGAGAAUGUAAUCGUCCGCGGUUGAUGGGAGGGAUGAAACGAUCUUAGAUCGGCAAAGCCGAGCUCAGCGUCUCUCCUCUGUCACAAAGUGAUUUCAACGAGGGGGCCAGGCUCGUCAUUGUGUCCCAAAUCGACGAAUGAAGCGGUCCGCGAGUUCUAGGGUCGCGUCGAAAAUUUUAAACACGACGAAGUGCAUUGUGUAGUGGGUUGCAGAUUCGAGACGACCAUGGACAGAAGAGAGGCUCGUCUUGCCGUUCGACAGGUGAACGGUCGGUGGUCGUGCACGGUCGGCAAGACGGCUUCGGGAUGCUGCACGCUGUUAUGCUAGGUAGCGGUCCGGGCCGAGGGAGACACGAAUGGUAUCCAGGAUUUUAUUUGCAACGUCGACGACUUGGAUGCAGGAUGAACCGCGGGGAACAGGAGACCCUAUUCCGGCAGAGCCGGCAGCUCACGAGGAUCGUACAUUCCCACGAGGACCUCGUGCUGAGCGUCCUCAAAUCGCCGAUCAGUCAGCACCAGCACCAACAGCAACGUCAGCAGUACCAUCACAGCCAUCACUGUCACGAGCAUCAUGUUAACUGCCAAGGUCAUCAGAAUCAUAAGAAGUGCACGCAUUCAGGUGAGAGUCUUCCACGAAGCAAGGACCAAUGCUCUAGGCUCACGGAAAAGCGGUCGAGCGCCGCAGCCGCCUACGCUGCCCUGCGGGGCAGCGAAGACGAGCUCGUCGCCGAGCACUGCCUCGGGUCGGAGGACAUGGCCCUGAAGACGCCAGGCAGCGAGACAGAGGACACGGAGGACAACGGCGCCCAAAUGGACGAUGAGCCGUCCCCUACGCGUCGUUUCACCUUCCUCAGGCGUUUCCGUUCGCCGCGAUUCGGCGAGGCGCACCACAAGAGGGUGCCCACACCGAUGAAGAGGAAGUACCGCCGCAAGAAGAGCAAGGACGACAUCAUCGACAGCGACAUGAACGCCACCGAAGUCGAGCCGCCUAGUCUGACCCAAGCUGGCGUGCCCGAUCCCUAUUACCCGAUCUACCUGCCCAUCGACCAGGCCUUCAAGGCUAAGUACGUGUUCUGUCAUAAAAAGGGGAAGACGUUCCAGGAGAGGCUGUACGUGUUCCUCGAGCACCCAGACGGUUGGAUCUGCUUCGUCUAUCAUUUCACUGUGUUCAUGGUGGUAUUGGUGUGCCUCAUAUUUAGUGUUCUGUCAACCAUAGACCAGUACAGUAACUUCGCGAACGAAACCCUGUUCUGGAUGGAAAUAUGUUUGGUGGUAUUCUUCGGCGUGGAAUACAUGGUGAGGUUAUGGAGCGCAGGCUGCAGAUCGAAGUAUAUGGGUUGUUGCGGCAGACUGCGAUUCAUACGGAAGCCGAUUUGUAUCAUAGAUUUAAUCGUGGUGGUCGCAUCUAUGGUGGUUUUGUCGGUGGGAAGCAACGGUCAGGUGUUUGCCACAUCCGCCAUAAGGGGCAUCCGAUUUUUGCAAAUACUACGAAUGCUCCACGUCGAUCGACAAGGUGGCACGUGGCGACUUCUCGGUUCUGUCGUUUUCAUUCAUCGUCAGGAGCUGAUCACGACGUUAUACAUCGGGUUCCUAGGUCUUAUUUUCAGCAGUUACUUCGUGUACCUUGCCGAAAAAGAUGCUGUCGGGCCCGAUGGAAAAACAGACUUUUCCAGCUACGCCGACGCACUGUGGUGGGGAGUGAUCACCGUGACCACGAUCGGAUACGGUGACACUGUCCCACAAACGUGGAUGGGAAAAAUAGUCGCUUCGUGUUUCAGCGUAUUCGCAAUAUCCUUUUUCGCACUUCCAGCUGGUAUAUUGGGCUCCGGUUUCGCGUUGAAGGUCCAACAAAAGCAACGUCAGAAGCAUUUCAAUCGACAGAUACCGGCUGCUGCCAUGUUGAUACAGUGCCUCUGGAGAUGUUACGCCGCCGACAAAGCCAUCAACAGUGUGGCGACCUGGAAUAUCUAUAUAAAGGAUCCAGCCCCUGCCGGACAACCCUCCACGCCUCUGGGAAAGUUGAUUUGUGUAAAGAAGAUGUCUCUGAUGAUCCAGGUGGCAAAGAAGGCGAGCGUACUGAAGAGGCGGAAGUCGCGGAACCGGAUGGACGUGCAGCAGCAGCAGCAAUCGUUGCCGCCGGUCACGAUAUCCGGCGGCGUUUCCAGUGGCGCUGCCGGCGACGCUGGUGGCCAAAACGACAAUCAAAGGAUGGAGAACGAGGGUGACGUUAUCUUCUACAUGGAAGAGCCCAAGGCGGGAACACCGAACCGUGCCAGGCGCGACAACCGCGUAAGUGUAUUCACUCUGCCAUCUUACCUCUUCGGCCACAAGGAACAAACGUUCUUCAGGGGAAGCCUCUUCACCUCGCAGACGAGCUCCGUCACGGAGGCCACCAGCGACGAAAUUGACAUUGAUAUCGAAGAACCGCAAAGGGUCACCACGUUGACGGAGGCGCACCGAAACGCCAUAAGGGCGAUCAGAAAGAUCAAGUACUUCGUGGCGAGACGGAAAUUUCAGCAGGCACGUAAGCCUUACGACGUGCGCGAUGUCAUCGAGCAGUAUAGCCAGGGUCACCUGAAUAUGAUGGUCCGAAUCAAGGAGUUACAAAGGAGAUUGGAUCAGACCCUGGGCAAGCCUGGCAGCUAUCUGGCAGGAAUCGACCGGGCAGGCAACGUGAAGCCGAUGACGAUAGGCGCACGCUUGUACAGGGUUGAACAGCAGUUGUCCGUGAUGGACAAGAAAUUGGACCAGCUGGUCUACGUGCUGAACGCGGUAGCACAAAAGCAACAAAUACCCCUGAGGAGUAUAGAGGACGACGUGUAACAGGAAGCCCUCGGCAAGCUCGUGCCAUCUGUUUCACGAUCACCGGCAAUCCCGUGGACUUUACCUCGCGUCACCAUAACCAACAUCGCUCCGAACAUGCUCAGCAAGAGCGGCUGACGAGUCGCUCGCCUCGAUCGGAUACGAGCCAAGGACGCCUCUGUCCGAGGAUGAUUUCGUCGAGACCCUCGAUCCAAAGGGCGAAGCUACGGCUCGAGGUGACAAACGAUUCAAAUGUAAUUGAACGAGCCGAAUCCAUUCGGAGAGCAAAGUGAAAGAAAAACGACCGCUGAAAAUGAGUAACUGGAUCGAUAAAGGAUUAAGGUUGACGUGUCAGAGGUCGUCGAGGCUGGUACGAUUAGGUUCGAGGGUGGAAACUGGGUGAGGUACGGAGAUUCAGGUGGAAGAAAGGUGGAAGAGGUAAAUAAGCGAAUGGUGGAACGAAGGUGAACGAUGAAAUUCGAAAAUAGAAGACUGAACGACACAGUUUGUUGCGUAUCGAAGUAGAGUCGAUUUAAGGUUUCGAUUCGGGGAGGUUUAGUCUAAAUUUUGAAGCGAAAACUGAGGAUCGACGUGUGUAAUUUGUGUUAAUUAAAAAAAGCUGAGGAAGAAUGGGUAAAGAAAGUAUAGAAAGCGAAGAAGAGUAGACGAUGAAGGUGAAAACAGUGAAAGUGGAGGAUGAGGAAGUACGAAGAACGUGGAAACAGAAGCUGGAUAAUAAAAAGAAAGAUUGACUAGUGCGAACUUAUACGACCAUAUUUCAAUCUCCCAUUGUCCACCAGUAUCGAUCGGGGUUCAUUAAAAUUGUGUAACCAAAUAACAGUGGAAAAUAAAAGAGAACGCCUAGAGAAGAGAAAAAUCC